AUGUCAAACUUGUUAUCACUAUAUCCAACGAUUAAAGAGUUAUCAAAAGACUCAACCUAUAAAAUACCAUUGUUAGGUGGUAAUCAUAUUGUUAUAUCAUUGCCUGUAAACUUUCCAAAUUUACCACCAGUAUACUUUUUAGAGUCACCAGAUGGUCAGACAAUCUCGGUGAAACCACCGGCAGAGUGGACACAGAUGACUUCACUAGCCAAGGUUACAAUGGAAUACAUCGAAUACUACAGCAAGAAUCCACCACAGUUUCAACAUUACUCUCCACCACCCUCUUAUUUUAAUAAUAACAACAAUAAUAACAACAGUAAUAGCGGUAACAGCAAUAGCAACAACAAUGUAUCAAAUAAUAGCAAUAGCAAUAAUAAUAUAGUAUCAUCACAACAAGGACAACCACCACCUCCAUAUUCUUCUUCUUCUACUUCUUCUUCUUCUUCUUCUUUGAAGCAACAAGAUAACAAGUCGGCAUCUUCCAACAACAAUGUACAGAAACCAAAUAUACCAUCGAUUCCUUAUAAAUUCCCAGAGUUGGAAUCAAAGUCAAAGGAAGAGUUGGAGGCACUGUUGAGUUCUGGUGAGAUUGAGAUUCUAAUGUUCUCACUCGACGAAGUCUCGGCAAUGGGUGACCACCGCGACAAUUUGAAGACGACCAACGAGCGGUUGUCAACUCCGAUCAACCCAAAGAAAGAAAAGAUAAUCGAACUCAAGUCACAUCUCGAGGAACAAACACAGCUCUACAACCAACUCAAAUCGGAACUCGAUAGCAAACAGAAGCGAAGAGAUGAAAUUCAAAAGGCACUCUCCACAGGCGUGCUCAUCGACAAACUCACAGAGCUAGCAUCGACUGCAGAAACUGAGUCGGACGACAUUGCCAACGACUUUUUAGAAGGAACAAUCGAUCUCAAGGAAUUCAAAAAACAAUUUAAAGAGAAAAGAAAUAUCUAUCACUCUAGACUAGCUAAAAGAGAUGGACUCAUAGGUGGUAUUGUAAAAGAUAAAUAA